AGGUUAUUUUUAGUGUCCGGUUGGUUCGUGUUGCAGUGUGGGGAGUCACGAUAGAUAAUUUUCCUCUACAGCCCAACCGGGAGACGCUCACGCCGAGUUACGGAGAAUCCUGGUAGAAUAACGGAUAUAACAGAUACGGGCCCUCCGUGAGCCUAAACCGGUGGAAUAACAAGCCCAGCUGUCCGGUAGGAAUUAAGGGACGACAUUGCCGAGCUUUUCUUAACGGAGAAAGGAUAUUUAAACCCCACGAACGCACCAUAGCCUACUGAAGCCGUUAUCAGAGAUGGCCAGCACCGGGACUGAGCGCGAGGAACCUCACGUUCCCCUGGACGAACUGAGACAUCCCGAGCCUGCAUUCAGAGAGGCGCAGAAGUGGAUCGAGGAGGUGACGGGAAAAGGUUUCGGUGAGAAGGACUUCCGGAGCGGCCUGGAGAACGGGAUCCUGCUCUGCGAGUUACUCUGUUCCAUCAGACCAGGUUUGGUCCAGAAAAUCAACAGACUCCCCUCGCCCAUCGCUGGACUGGACAACCUGUCAGUGUUCCUCAGAGGCUGUGAGGAGUUGGGUCUGAAAGGUUCCCAGCUGUUUAAUCCGGGAGACCUUCAGGACACCUCCAUACAAGCCAACCUCAGGGACUCAGAAUGCAGUAGAAAACUGAAGAAUGUAUUAAUUACAAUAUUCUGGCUGGGGAAGGCAUCCAGUGUGUGUCCUUCCUAUGACGGCCCUGUCCUAAACCUCAGAGAGUUUGAGGGACUGCGAUCACACAUGAGAACGCUGAGUGAGGACAGGUCUGGGUCAGACAGUGUGAGGCCAGGUGUGAGGGACAGUGGUUACGACUGCUGGGACUCAGAGCGGAGUCAGUCUCUCUCUCCCCGACAACACACACGGGACAACUCCCUGGACAGCCUGGAUUCUUUUGGCUCGCGCUCCCAGACUAGCCCCUCCCCUGACGUCAUCGUCCAUGGCAACAGUGAUGUUGACUCAGAGGGCGAUGCCCCCAACAGGAAGGCAGAUGUCCGUCGUGAUGACAUGUUAGCUCGUCGUACGUCGGCCGGAGAAUCACGGACCUUUGUUCCCUUUAACCAGUUCCUGCCCAAUCGGAACGUCUCUGUUCCCACCUCCAGACGCAGAUCACGGCCCCAGGAUGGAGAGCACGGCAGGUUGAGCAGGAGAGUGUCUAAGAUGUCUGAGGAGUUGGAGAGCAUAAGUAUAAUGAACAUGCACAGCGAGGAAGAGGGGGCGGGACUACUUCAGCCUCUCGGCCAAUCACGAUAUGACGGCAUGCAGGAACAGUACACCAAUCACCAGGAGGAGGAGGAGGAAUGGCAAGACGACCUAGCCCGGUGGAAGAGUCGUCGCCGCAGUGCUUCUCAGGAUCUGAUCAGGAAGGAGGAGGAGAGGAAGAGGAUGGAGAGGAUGAUGAAGGAGGAGGAGGGAGGCCACACCCAGAAGAAGAAGAACAUCAAGACGUACAGAGAGAUCGUAGAGGACAAAGAGCGUAGGGAGGCGGAGCUGUGUGAUGCGUACAGGAGGGCGGGCUCUAAAGCGGAAGCUGCCAUGGUUCUCCAGCGUUACGCUCUCCGCUUCACCAUCAGUGAUUCAACGCUGGACAGUCUGCAGCUACCUAGAACCAUUACUACUGACCAGAACCCUGAGUCUAGAACACCUGCUACCAACCAGAACCCUGAGUUUAGAUCCACUACUACCAACCAAAACCCUGAGUCUAGAACACCUGCUACCAACCAGAACCCUGAGUCUAAAACCAUUACUACUGAGCAGAACCCUAACCCUAGAACCAGUAUUAAUAACCAGAACUCUGAGUCUAGAACCAUUACUACUGACCAAAACCCAGAGUCUAGAACCAUUACUACUGACCAGAACCCUAAGUCUAGAACCAUUACCUCUAACCAGAACCCUGAGUCUAGAACCAUUACUACUGACCAGAACCCUGAGUCUAGAACACCUGCUACCAACCAGAACCCUGAGUUUAGAUCCACUACUACCAACCAAAACCCUGAGUCUAGAACACCUGCUACCAACCAGAACCCUGAGUCUAAAACCAUUACUACUGAGCAGAACCCUAACCCUAGAACCAGUAUUAAUAACCAGAACGCUGAGUCUAGAACCAUUACUACUGACCAAAACCCAGAGUCUAGAACCAUUACUACUGACCAGAACCUUGAGUCUAGAACCAUUAUUACUGACCAGAACCCUAAGUCUAGAACCAUUACCUCUAACCAGAACCCUGAGUCUAGAACCAUUACUGCUGACCGGAACUCUGAGUCUAGAACCAUUACUACUGACCAGAACCCUAACCCUAGAACCAUUAUUACUAACCAGAACCCUGAGUCUAGAACCAUUACUGCUGAACAGAACCCUGAGUCUAGAACCAUUAGUCCUGACCAGAACCCUGAGUCUAGAAGCAUAAUUACUAACCAGAACCCUGAGACUAGAACCAUUACUGCUGACCACAACCCUGACAACCCAGAACGAGCUGGAAACGGACUAGAGGCCCUGCAGACUGACACAAAUAAAGAGCCCCGAGCCCCCCCCAAAAAACAUAUCUCUGUCACACACACCCAACACACACACAACCAACACACCCAACACACACAGCUCCAAACCCAAAACACCCAACACACGCACACACAAAACCACUCCACACAAAGUCAGCACACACUCCCCCCUCCCAUCCCCCCCCCCUCGCGGCCCCGCCCUCUCCUAACAGCCAAGCCCUACUGCCAGCCACCACAGACACAGCCUGGACACAAGCCUGUUAAGGUAGAUGGCUUGGUUAGGGUGAAUGGAGAGACUCUCCCGUCCUCCCCGCCUUCCUCACCCCUUCAAUCCCCCUCCUCACCCAUUCACUCCCCCCAGCCCACCGAACACCCUGGUGCCAAUCAGAAGACACAGGUGUCGGCAGUCAGCACCCUGAUUGGAGGGAGGAACUGUGUUGUCACGACGACCAUCGUGACGGAACUCACCCAGACACACCUGCAGCCACAUCCGUUAGAUAUGCUCAGCAACACACAGGUGAACGGCUCCAUGGCAUUGUCAAGGAGAUCAGGGGAGGAGGCGGGGUCUGACUCUUCAUUGCUUAGCAACCAGAACACCUACUCAUCCUCGGUGACAGGAGGACUGGAGGGGAGCAGUGGGACGAUGGAGAGCCCCAUGUUGAACCUGGCUAAGCGUGUAGAUCACUGGGUGUGGAACCCUGAGGAUGAGAGGAGACGACAGGAGAAGUGGCAGCAGGAGCAGGAGAGAUUCCUACAGGAGCAGUACCACAGGGAGCAGGAGAAACUGAAAGGGGAGUGGGAGAGAGCGCAGAGAGAGGUGGAUGAGGAAGAACGAAGACACAAUGAAGAGGAGAAGAAGAUCCUGGAGGAGACGGCAACGGCCCUUUCUCAUCCACCUCCCACAGAGCUCGCUGUUCAGACAGAAGUGAUCGUUCCGGCACAACAGAUCUAUGCAUCAUGGGACUGUGAGUCAUCCAGGGGUCAGGAGACGUCUCUGGACCGCAACCAGUCCUGCGCCGUCAAGAGGUCAGGAUCGUAUGAGGGCCCACAUCCACCUUCAUCAUCCCCAUCAUCACCUCAACCGCCCUCCCCCAGCAGGUGUGUGAGUGGUAAGCGUCAGUGUUCAGGUUGCAAUCAGGCACUGGGGAAAGGAACAGCUAUGAACAUCGACACGCUGGGCCUGUACUUCCACCUAACCUGCUUUAAGUGUGGAGUGUGUAAGGUACAGCUAGGUGACACCAGUUCAGGAACAGAAGUUAGGAUCCGUAACGGGCUGCUGAGCUGUCACGACUGCUAUGCCACAUCACACGCAGUUGGCCAGCCGACUACGCUGUGAUUGGCUACAGCCUGCAUCUGGAACCCUUCACAACAUUCUGGAACACUGUGGAAUUCUCUUAACUGGGCACACAAACUUCUCCCAGAUGAUGUCAUGGAGACUGAAAUGUCUGAUGCUAACUGAUGCUAAUGGAGGCUAACUGCUAAGUGCUAGCGUUGUAGCUGAUCAACCAGUUUUUCCCAGACUGACUUGAUUACAGAGACCUGAAGCACAACCACUGAUCUACAACAGCACACUCAGACACAUGCUACAUGCUAACACCAGCAGCAGUUGGAAUGUAGUAGCUACCUACCUUACUGUCAAAUUAGCUAAAUGAUAAAUGCUAACGGAUGCUAACUGCUAAAUGCUACUGUUCACUCACAAUCAUAAUGCCUUAAUAACUCUGUUUUGUGUUUUAAGUAUUUUGCAUGAACGAAGACCGUGUUAGUUGUUGUUGUUAACGGUAGUUAGGCUGUGUUACCUAGCGACAGCCCUGACUACCACAUAUAGUUGUUAUGGUUACCGUAUGCCUCUCCUCCAUGUUGUUGUGUAUUGAUAAAAGCUUUGUCUUUAUUCUAAUGUUCACCUGAUCAUCAUGUACAUCAUUAUGCUGCGUUCAUUACUCUGAGAGCAAUAAGGAUGCAUGAUCGCUUUAGUUAUUAUUGGAUGUUAUUAUUACCAUUUAAUACCAAGGAUAUUCUGACGUGUUUUAGAGCUUUGCAUCAUACUCUGCCUUAAGACGAGAGUGAGAGGGAUAGCACACGUGUAGUGUUUACGUGUGUGUGUGUGCGAGUUGUUUUAGUUCAAAGUGAAGCACAGUCCUAUACCAGCAAAUAUUACUACACAUUGACCUGCCCUCUCCCUCUUUCUCUCACCUGAUUGGACCUUUACUUCUAAGAACAACCAAUGAAUGAGACAAAGUUAUCUGUUGCUUCCUGUUUAUGCCCAGUCUCUUGUCCUGUGGCAUUUUUAGGCCUAUUUCUUACACCAAUCAAAUGCUUUGGAUAGAUGUGGAGAGGAGAGGAGAAGGGAGGGGAGGAGGAGAGGAGAGGAGGGGAUGGGAUGGGAGAGGAGAUUCGAGAGGAAGAUGGGAUGGGAGAGGAAGAGAGAGGAGAGGGGAUGAGAGAUUAGAGAGGAGGACAGAAGAGAGGAGAGGAAGCUACUUUAGACUGUUCUUUCUGCUGACAUUUCCUAAAGGACAAACUGAAUUGAUCCAGCUUCAUAGCUUUUAUAGCAAUGUGUGUUUAUCAAUAAAAUGACAAUAUGUUCAA